AUGUCGGCAGGGCCGGUUUUCCAUCGGCGGUGUGGAAAACGGAUCACUUUGACCAAUGGGAACCGGACGGCGAGGCGGAAUGUGAGCGAGUUUAACCACGGGCUGGUGCUUAGCGCCGAGCCAAUACAGGACGAUGUGUUGUUCGAGGUGCGGAUCGACGAGAAGAUACAAGCAUGGAGUGGUAGUAUCGAAAUUGGUGUCACAACGGUAAACCCCGAGUCGACGGAACUGCCACCGUGCGCCACCAAGCUUCGCAAUUCCACCUGGGUGAUGUCGGGUAUUUCGGUGCUGAAGGAUGGCAUGCUGCUGGUCGAAUCGUACGGACUCGAUCUGGAGAAGCUGGGCGAAGGGGACCGCGUGGGCGUACAGCGAACGGCCCGCGGAGAGCUUGUGUUCUACGUGAACGGUGAUCCGCAGGGUGUUGCUGCCCGGGACAUUCCGCGCCAAGUGUAUGCACUGGUGAAUCUCUACGGCAAGUGUGCGCAAGUUUCGAUUUCAUCCAGCCAACCAUCGGAGUUGGCGACCGGCGGGGUCGCGGAGGGGUACGGGGCAUUAGUAGCACCGGGAGACGGUUGCACCGUGAACACAAUGCCGCAGAUCUCGGAAAACAUCGAUCUCCCGAUGACGGUGGAAAUAUCCGUCAGUGGUACAACAACCGGUACAACGACAACGUCGAUGGCGGGAACUGCUUCUGCCUCGGGGAUCAUUUCCACCGGCUUGGAGGAAGGAGGUGGCCCCGAUGCAGGCGACAAGCUUCGUUUUCACACACGGUGCGGUUCCCUGGUGAAGCUGAGUGCUAAUUGCCGUACCGCGGAACGACGUCGGCCGCUGGACGAGUUUAACAAUGGCGUCGUGAUGACGCACCGGCCCCUGUGGGAUAAUGAACUGUUCGAGAUUCGCAUCGAUCGGCUCGUGGACAAGUGGUCCGGAUCGAUCGAGGUAGGCGUUACGACCCACUGCCCGUCGGCCCUUCAAUUUCCCGCGACAAUGACGAACCUGCGCAGCGGGACUAUCAUGAUGUCCGGCUGCGGGAUACUAACCAACGGCAAGGGAACCCGGCGCGAGUACGGGGAGUUCAAUCUGGACGAACUGCGCGAAGGUGACCGCGUGGGGAUGAUGCGCAAGUCGAACGGAAGCCUGCACUACUACAUCAACGGGCGGGAUCAGGGGGUAGCGGCAACGCGUGUCGCGCAGACCCUUUGGGGUGUAAUCGAUCUGUACGGCAUGACGAUCAAGGUAACGAUCGUCGAUCGGGACGAGCGCGAGCAGCGUAACCUUGUGACGCGCCGGAAUCAUCUGCUAAGCAUGCCGACGACGACGACGACGACGCAGCAGGCCGUGGCCGAGCUUCCGCUCGCGCUCCAUGGCCCGACGGCCAUGGUCGGCAGUCCACCGGAGGGGCUCGAUUGUAGUCCUUCUUCUGGCUUGCACGACCGAUUGCUGUUCCAUCCGAUUUGUGGCUCACACGCGAGUGUCACGCACAGCGGCCGCACGGCACUGCGGCCAAACGCGUCCGAUGACUUUAACAACGGGGUCGUGCUGACCCGGCGUACAUUGCGCCCGAACGAGCUGUUCCAGGUGCGGCUAGAGCGUGUCGUCACGAAGUGGGCCGGCUCGAUCGAGAUGGGCGUCACGACGCACAGCCCGACGGAGCUUGACUUUCCCUUCACGAUGACGAACGUGCGCUCGGGCACGUGGAUGAUGACGGGCAACGGGGUCAUGCACAACGGUAUGACCGUAAUCGAGCAGUACGGGCAGAACCUGGACCGGCUGCAGGUGGGCGAUCGGGUUGGCGUCGUGCGAAAGGACGACGGUACGCUACACUUCUGGGUGAACGGGGUCGAUCAAGGGCCGGCCGGUACGAACGUACCGGAGAAGGUGUACGGUGUGAUCGACCUGUACGGGCAGGCGGCCCAGGCAAGCAUAGUCGAUACGUCGGAGUGCGGCACCCCGGACACGGGCAACUCGACCAUCUCCAAUACGACCCUCUUUCCCUCGGUGGAACCGCGGAUGCGCUUCAACACGGCCGUCCACGGGCGGAACGCGCACAUCCUCAGCAAUGGGCUGACCGCGUGCCGCCCGAAGGCGCUGGCGGAAUUUAACGAUGCGAUCGUGUUCAGCAGCCGGCCGCUGCGCCAGCGGGAACUGUUCGAAAUCGUACUCGAGACGGUGGUCGACCGAUGGAACGGUAGCAUCGAGAUCGGCGUGACCGCGAUGCGACCGGACGAGCUGUCGCUGCCGAGCACGGCCACCGAUCUCGAGCACGAUACGAUCAUGGUCUCCGGCACGACGCUCCUGCUGAACGGGUUCACCGUGCGCAACGAUCUGCCGUUCGAUCUGGACGCGCUCGGGCAGGACUCGCGCGUCGGCGUCAUGCGCAAUGGGGACGCCAUCCACUUUUUCAUUAACGGCACCGAUCUCGGUUCGUUCUACGAGUCGAAGGCACCGAGCCUGUACGCGGUGGUCGAUCUGUAUGGCCAGUGUGCGCAGGUGACGAUCACCUCGCCGAUCGCGCACGGUACCACCGGCGUUGGGUCGGCCAUCCCGGGCGAUCUGCGCGCUCCGUACGCCAUCAGCGAGAACUCCCAGAGCCUCCAGGCCACUUCCGUCAUUCAACCGCUGGCGCUGGUGGAAUCGAAACACCGUUGGUCCUGCAUCUCCGGCAACAGUGUGACGUUAAUGCACAACUGGACGCUGGCAACGCGCUGUAGCAACAGUGCCCUCUCGCACUGCCUCGUUUUCUCCGAUCGGCCCCUGGUCGUGGGCGAAACGUUCGAGAUCAAGAUCACCGAGGUGAACCCGCUGUACGCGGGUUGUCUGCGUGUCGGCGCCACCGAUCUGAACCUUUCCGACGAGCACGUCCGUAAAAACAUCCCCAUCAGUAUGCGCCGCAUCCCGGCCAACGUUUGGUACGUCAGCGGGAACGAGGUGCGCCACAAUUCGACGCUGCUGCAGAAGUCACUCGCGUCCCUGGAAUGGCUCCGGGCCGGUGACCGCAUUGCCAUCGAGCUGACCCCAUCCCGAACGCUUCGCAUCCUGCUCAAUUCGGAAGACAUGAACAUCAACUUCAGUGGAUUGCCCGAUCCCGCGGACGUGUUUGCCGUGGUCGAGCUGAUCGGUUCCACUAUGGCCGUGCAGGUGAUCUCUUCGCAGGGGCCCUCGUCACCGCUGCGUCCCUGUAGCCUAAGGCUGCAGGAUUCCCUCGAGCUUGGCCUCGAUCCGCUGAACAAGCAGGACUCGAUGCUGGAAUCGAUCGACUCCGACAGCCUCUCGAUGGAGUUCUCGGAGCUUUAUCUCGGUAAGAAUGUCACCCUCGGUGACGAACGGAAAUCGGCCGCCCGGGUACAAUCGUACAACCAGGCCGUCGUUUGCCUCUCGAAGCCACUGUGCAAGGGACACAGCGUGAGCGUACGCGUCAACACCGUCAAUCCGCUGUGGAAGGGUACGAUCGCGGUCGGGGCGCUUGGGAUGGCUCCCGGUGUCGCUUCGGCUCAGUUUCCCUUUCCCACGUCGGCCAUCCUCUUCCGGCGGCCGUGCUGGAUUGCGACGCACGACUACGUCAACAUUAACGGGACGAAAACACAGUCCCGGUACGGCGAGCUGCUGGACGCCAUCCAACCGGGCACGAUCAUUACGCUCACGUUGACACACGCCGGCAGUUUGGUAAUCACCUGCGGGCAAACGCAGCUGGACGAGCUGGCGACGGGCCUACCACAUCACGUCUAUCCCGUGUUCGAUCUUUACGGCAAGUGUGAGCGUGUUACGAUCUACAACGGCGAUCCAAAGAACGGAACUCCGAUCGAUGAGGAGUUGGCGGCGCUACCGAACGAACAGCAGCAGCGUGUCAUCGGGGGUGUGAACGUUGGAGGGUCGUUGACCGGUGGACCGGACUCUAAUACGCUCGUCCAGGCGACGAACACAACCGUCGCGUCCGGUGCCGUGGCCGCCAGUGGCAUCGAUGGAGGUGAAAAUGUGCCGCAGUGUGAGAAAGCCGAUCUGGAGGUGCACGAGAAGGAAACGGAUCAAACCACCGUGGCCACUAGCCAACCGAUCGCUGGAGGCAGUGGUGGUGGUUCCUCGAAUGCGAUGAGUCGUUCCGUGAUGGAUUGUGUAUCGGAAAACCUGUUGAUGAACAUCUCGAUAAAGAUACGCACCGCCAACGAAGCACGUAAUCACGAGUUAUCCAACUCUUGUUGUCUUCGGGAUUCGUUACAGUUGCAGCACUCGACCAACUUGAACAUCCAGCGCAGUCAAAGCACGCACCGGUUCAACGGUGCCAACAGUAACAUGCAGGGCAGCCUCGAUAGUAACCGCGGCGGAACCACCGGACCCAUCACCAACGGCGUCGGUGGCGAGCAAUCGCAGUCGAUGAGCUCGGGUAAUUUCGACGAGGGUUUCGAGGACUACCAGCAUCGACCGGCGACCGUGGCCGCGGGUGCUUCCGGUGCGAUCGAGCCGACCACCACCGAUCGGGGAGAAAAUACCGACACAAACUAUCUGGACGAUGGCGAGUCGAGUAUCGAUUUCAACAUUCAAAUCAACAACGCCGGCGGUGACGGAGAUAUGGAGAGUGAUACGAACCUCGCGGAGGGCAACACCAACGUCGACGUUACGCUCGAUGACGACGACGACGACGACGAUGAUGAGGACGUGGAGAACCCAACGCGUUUGGAUGAGGAUGAGGAUCGCGAUCGGAACACGUUAGCGAACAAUCGAGCCAAGUUGGGUCUGCCGCUGCAACCGGUCGGUGGGACCAUCACCGGGGGUGCGGAUUCAGGACCGACCACGGCCCUCUGCUCGCUUCCUCCCAUCGCGAUCGGAAUGCAACGUUUAGCUCCGGAAGGGGCGGAAGAUGAAGCGGAGUCAGCGUUUACCCAGCACCAGAGGAUGAAUGUACGCUCCGGGUCGAUCUCGCUACCACCGGCAUUACCGAGCAUGCCACCACCACCACCCCCGGAAAACCGGGAUUGUGACAAUCUGAAGCUCGUCAUUAGCUUCAAGCGCACGCUGAUGCUUCCGGAUGCGUUCUUUGCCGACGAACCGUGCGCAUGCUAUUGUGCCGGAUGCCACCGGCCCGGUGUGGCGAAUGUUCUCAAGGGAUGGGUUCGCUUCCGGUUGAACCAGCACACGGUGCAGGGUGGCAAUGGGAACGCGAUAAACACGACGGAUGAUUUCGUCUGGACGACGGCGUACUACAAUACGCGCGUGGACAAGAUACGAUCCGUGCUGGACCACGGUCAACCACUACCGAUUGAAACCGGUUAUCAGCUUCCGGAAUCAUCAAUCUCAGCUCAAACAUCAACCGUGAGCGACAAUUUCAUUCCCGGUACGCACAUUCUUCUACGUUCCUUUCCGGACGCGACGGAACCGAUCAACUCGUCUGCCGGAGUUCCCCUCUCCACCGCUGCCAGCCGUGGGCGCCCGUUUGCGCUCCGCUACAUGGUGAAUGGGCAAUUUUUCCACAUUCGAACCGCUUUCGAAGUGCGUGUCCGCUCGCAAUCCCUCUCGGCCGUGGAUCAUCUUGGUGAGCAGCAGCAACGGAAUGCGCUGGUGGACGGCGGAGUUCCGGGUGGUGCAUCGAGUGGUAAUACCACCGGACAUGGUAUCACAGCUGCGCCCGGUUCAUCGAGCAAUGGAGCAGGAGGAUGCUCGAUUGCACCACAUGAUAAUGCACUCCGAUCCUGGACCACGAAGGAAGCGGACGCCUGCGUCCUGACGGCACUCCUGCUGCACCUGGUGCCGAUGUAAGGACGAGGGAGGGUGGGAGAACGCUAUUUCAGUAUUCUAGUAGCUUACGUUCAGCCAAUCUAUGUCAUUUCAACAGCUUUAUAAAAUUAGAUUUCAUCCUAUAGUCUGUCCGC